AUGCUCUGGGGUAUGCCGCAUUUGGACACGCUGGAGGCGGGAACGACCCGCCUUCAGUACCUUCGGGCGCUUCUCGACUUCAAGAGAUGGUGCUGUAAGGAACUUCCAAAACAAAAACCCGCCAGAAUCAAGGGGGACGGCGUGCUGGAGCACGAGGACAAGAUAGGGAGGUACAUCGACGACGACAUGGGUGAUCUGUGGUACACCGCCAAGGACGACCUCCUUUGGAUGCACGGUCCACGCGUCAACGCCACGCGGAUUAGGGCGUACAUUCUGUCAAUCGCCAGACAUAAGGGUGUUGCAAAGGCCGAGGAGCUCGAGGAGCUGAACCCUAACGCGGCGGUGUUAAGAAAGGCCGGCUACACGGGCAAGCGGGGCGACUACUACCUCAGCCGCAGCAUGGUAAAGCCUGACGACAAGGUGGUGGCCCUCAUCGCUCGACAUAUCUUUUUGUGGGCGGAAGCGGAACUGUCCAAGGUGAGAAAUUCAUACGCCCAAAACGCCGAAUACCCGCCACCCUUUUCCACGCCGACAUUCCACCGACGGUUGAUUGUGUUUCUGUUUGUGUUCGUCUCUAAGGCGGAAAAGUGCGCCACGAGGAGAGAACCCAACACGGCCGGGAUGCACUUCCUGCAAUCGUUCAUCAAGUUCGGCCGCCGCAUCGUCGCCGAGGAUCUUGCGUGCAUGCUGAUGCGCGAGCCGUGGCACCCAUACGUCCAUAGUUCCAAGCUCUGCCGCAUCCCCGACUUCCAGAAAUGGGCCAAGGACAUCAACCGGAUGGACCUCAAAACCAUUGCCACGCGCCGUACUCCGAGCGAGAACCCCCAAGAGGUCGACCAGCUCACCAUGAUGCUACACCGCCAGAGGGAGGAUGCCGCGAUCGAGAAGCUUGAGAUGCAGAAGAAGUUGGAGGAGAAGAACACCGAGAUCGCGAGGUUGAUGCAGGCUCUCAAGCUGGCCGAGGCACGGACGACGCCGACUGCGCCGGCGCCGUCAGGGCCGAUGACCGACGCCGAGAAGGCAGCGGCCGUCAAGAUUGAGAAGGAGCAGGACGACGACCUCAUGUACGAGGUGAACGUCGUGCAUCCCUGGCGCACGUCCAAGACGGUCGAGGCUGCCUGGCGCUGGUGGAACAACCCGUCGCACGUGGAAGCGUGGCCUUUGUGCGAAGGUUACAAGGAGCCCAGAUUCCUCAUUUCCACGCGCCGGAUGAAGCGGAUCAUGGAAAUCGUGCACUUCUUGCGGCGGAGCGACAACGACGUUGAAACCGCCGCCGUGGUCAAGCUACUCGACCACCUGGGGCGGGCGGGUCUUUCUACUUUCAACGACGCUCUCAUGGUCCUCCGUGCGACCACGCCCAUGAAGGUCCUGACCACAGCCGACGGAAAGCCGACCAGCAUCAAGGGUCUGGACAAGCCGCAGUACAGGAAGCUGGCCGUUGUGUGGGGCGUUGUCUCGGCGGGCUACGCCGACCCUAAAUGGGGGAAGGAUAUAUUUGGCGGGGAAGAGCAGGCCAAGAAGGUCGGCUUGGAGGCCAAGACGACCGCGGGAGCAAGGGCGGAGAGCUCCGGCCCUGGGAAACGCAAGAGGGCGAGUUGA